AUGGAGGACCCGGACUGCGACUCGACCUGGGAGGAGGACGAGGAGGAGGACGGCGAGGGCCCGAGGACCGGGGCCGACGAGGAUGGCGAGGCCGGCGCUCCGGGGGACGUGGAGGCCGAGGCGGACGCGCGGCCCAGCGCGUUCCAGCUCAAGGUGACAGGGUCUCGAAACUGGCGAGCAGCGCGGGACACACGCAGGUACCGGCACCACUACCCGGAUUUGGUGGAAGGAGAUGGCAGUGGUGACAUGCCCAACCUGAGUUUCUACAAAAACGAGAUUCGGUUCCUGCCUAACGGCUGUUUCAUUGAAGACAUUCUUCAGAACUGGAAGGAAGAGUACGGCCUCCUGGAGGAUAAUCACUCCUACAUCCAGUGGCUGUUUCCCCUGCGGGAGCCAGGAGUGAACUGUCACGCCAAGCCCCUCACGCUCCAAGAGGUCGAGGCGUUUAAAAGCUCCACGGAGGUCAGGAAGCGGUUGGUCCAGGCCUAUGAGCUCAUGCUGGGCUUCUUCGGCAUCCAGCUCAAGGACCGAGACACGGGCCGGGUGUGCCGAGCGCAGAACUACCAGAAGCGCUUCCAGAACCUCAACUGGCACAGCCACAACAACCUCCGCAUCACCCGCAUCCUCAAGUCUCUGGGGGAGCUGGGCCUGGAGCAUUACCAGGCCCCCCUGGCCCGCUUCUUCCUGGAGGAGACGCUGGUGCGCCGGCAGCUGCCGGGCGUGCGGCAGAGCGCCCUGGAUUACUUCGUGUUCACUGUGCGGUGCCGGCACCGGCGCCGGGAGCUGCUGUACUUUGCCUGGGAGCACUUCCGGCCCCGCUGCAGGUUCGUCUGGGGGCCCCACGACAAGCUGCAGAAGUUCAGGCGCUGCUCGCCCCGGCCGGCGCGCCCAAGGCAGGCCAACGGCGAGGAGAGCCCUGGGGACGCCCUCCUUGCGGCCGGAGCCCAGCGCCAGACCUGCGGGCCGGGGGGCGGUGGGGAGCGGCACCCGGUGGCCCAGCGUCCCCAGCCUCCCGGCGCAGAGCCCCAGGAAGCCGGGGCCUCGGAGGAGGACCAGCGAGGCGAGGCCGGCGACGGGCAGGGGCCCGAGUCUCCAAACCCCAAGGAGAGGAAGAAGAGGAGGCUGGAGGCGAGCGUGCGGGCGCGGGCCCCGGAGCAGCCGGGCCCGGGCGCCUCGGAGGUGGAGAAGGUCGCCCUGAACCUGGAGGGCUGCGCCCUCGGCCAGGGCCGCCUCGGGGCGGAGACCCAGGAAGUGGGCAGCCAGGCCCCGGAGGAGGCCGAGCAGCCCCGCCCCCGGCCCCUGCAGGCCAAGGUGGCUGGCGGGCUGAGGAAGCGCAGGAAGACGGGCCGGCGUGCCGGGGGCGGCGCCGUGACGCUGGCCGCCGCCCAGCCCCCUGCCCCCUCAGGGCGCCCAGUGGCCGAAGAGGGUGGAGAUGGGGUCCAAGAAGAAGCAGAUGGCCCGGCAGGGCCGGAGCAGGGUGCCCCCGGGAGCCCAGCCACUGCAGGACCCGAGGUGGAUGAGACGGCAGAGCCCACGGGGGCGGGACCCUCUGUCCAGCCCGGAGAGCCGUAG